AGUGCCCGGGAGCGCGCGCCUCGGCGCGGGAGCGCGUCCCGGGGAGAGCCGGAGCAAGAUGGAGGCCGCGCAGAGGACGCCGCCUGGGCCAAGGCAACCGCUGGCUGGAGCAUCGAGCCCGGGAGCUUGAGCCCUGCUGGUCCCGGAUCAGCCGUCCCGACUCGGCCCAGCUCCCGCCUCGCGGCCGGUGGUCAGUUCUGGGCCGGCGGCCCCCUGUCAGCCGCUGCCGCCGGCCCCGCCCCCGGGCACCAUGCUGCCCUCGCAGGAAGCCUCCAAGCUCUACCAUGAGCACUACAUGCGGAACUCGCGGGCCAUCGGCGUGCUGUGGGCCAUCUUCACCAUCUGCUUCGCCAUCAUCAACGUGGUGGUCUUCAUCCAGCCCUACUGGGUAGGCGACAGCGUGAGCACUCCCAAGCCUGGCUACUUCGGCCUCUUCCACUACUGCGUGGGCAGCGGGCUAGCGGGCCGCGAGCUCACCUGCCGGGGCUCUUUCACCGACUUCAGCACCAUCCCGUCCAGCGCCUUCAAGGCGGCCGCCUUCUUCGUGUUGCUUUCCAUGGUGCUGAUUCUCGGCUGCAUCACCUGCUUCGCUCUUUUCUUCUUCUGCAACACCGCUACUGUCUACAAGAUCUGCGCCUGGAUGCAGCUCCUGGCAGCCCUGUGCCUCGUCUUGGGCUGUAUGAUCUUCCCUGAUGGCUGGGAUGCUGAGACCAUCCGGGACAUGUGCGGGGCCAAGACGGGGAAGUACUCCCUGGGGGACUGUUCGGUGCGCUGGGCGUACAUUCUGGCCAUCAUCGGCAUCCUCAACGCGCUCAUCCUGUCCUUCCUCGCCUUCGUGCUGGGCAACCGGCAGACGGACCUGCUGCAGGAGGAGCUCAAACAGGAGAACAAAGAUUUCGUGGGCACUACUGUAAGUUCCGUGCUGCGGCCAGGAGGUGAUGUGUCUGGCUGGGGAGUCCUACCAUGCCCUGUUGCUCACACACAGGGACCCUGAAAGCCUGGAUUUUAUAGCCCAGGAGUUGGCCUGACCUCAGCAUAUCCCGUCUGCUGCCCUCUCAUUCCUGCGUUCAAGCUCCAGACCCAAAUCUCGAACUGGCUGCACACGGACCUCCGGGCUCUGAAGAGGGGCAGGGGCUGGGUGGCAGCCUGGCAGAAGGCAGAGCCCUUGAGAUCCUGAGAGCCUGAGUCUGGCCCCGCCUCCAUUGGACCUAGUGGAGCCUGGGCCUCCCUCUCUGGUCCCUCGGUUUCCUUCUCUCCUGUGUAGACUAGCUGGAGGUCCCUGGGGAUCCCCAGGGAAAGGACGCUCUGCAGCGCAAGGUCCUUGGACCCCUUCAAUGUGCAGGGCUGCCUGCUGCGUCCUUGCCUGUCAGCCCUGAUCACCUAAAGAGACUUACUCAACACACUGCCCCAGGAGGGCCAGACUCUUUCCUACUUUAUUUUUAUUCGCUGAUGAUGGUCCCACCACAUCUGCCACAAAGCUCCAGGUGCCACCAGCCCCCCCCAGCGGGGCCUCCUCUGCCUCCCUCAUUCAAGCCUGCACCCAGCUCUGAGCCGUGCUGAGGGAGAAAGGAUAGGGUCUUCCUUCCUGCUGCUGGUAGUCCUUCAUCACCUCAGAGUCUGAGGGGGAGACGCGGGCUCUGGAGGCUGUGGGAGGAGGCAGCUGGUCCCAGCCUGAGGCUGGUCUAGCCUCUUCCCUACUGGGGUAUCUCACUGGUGACUGGCCCCUCGAGCCUGGCCUGUUUUGUACAGCAUAGACUUCUCAGGCCCAUUGAUUGUCAGGGUUGGUGGCUGUGGAGAGGGGGCACAGAGGUGGGGACUUAGGGGUUACCCCUGUCCUUCUCAUGCUUCCUAUACCCUGGACUUCUGCCAAGGGCAGAGACUGUCUUGCGUCUUUGAUACUUUUCUGCCUAACUUGAACUUGCAGGUCACCUCUGAACAGGGUACCCUUGUCCCCACCCCAGGCCCUGUUACCCUGUCCCUGCCUCUUUCUCCUCUUUGCCCACUUCUCGCCUUGCGAUAAGCCCAGGGUCUGCAACCUCAUGGGCAGUGCUUGGAGCUGAGGUAGGUGUGUGUGCAUGAGUGUGUGCGUGUAUGUGUGUGUAUGCGUGUGCGUAUGCAUGAGCGUGUAUGUGUGUGUGCGCGCGCGUGUGUGUGUGCGUGUAUGUGUGUGUGUGUGUGUGUGCAUGUGUGCGUGUGCAUGUGUGCGUGUGCGUGUGUUAGGGAAGGGCAGAUGAGAAAAUCUCUCUUCUCCUGCAGGGGGGGGGUUACUCCUUCCCCCUUAGCAAAGAGAAAAACAAGGGAGAUUCCAGGUGGUUUUUUUUUUAUUGUUGUUGUUGUUGUUUUGUUUUUUAUUUUGUUGUAGUUUUUGACCAUCUUUGGUUACCUUAUGGAUCUGGUGGCAGAGCCAUCUAAUCAUAGAGAAGCCUCCAGUCCCCAGUGGAGGGGUGGCAGAUGAGCUUCGUCCAACAUCACGUCUCCGAGGACACACGGCCUGCUGCCUGGUCCUUGUGUUGAGGAAUGUGUGCCUCCUAUAGGCUGUCCAGGAGGCAUCUCACUUCCCUGUGUUACAUGGGCCUCCGCCAGAGAGGAAGAGCGGCUAGUCUAUGAGUUUGCUGUCCUUGUGUUCAUUUUCAGAGGACUUGGAGCUGAGUUAGGAUUCCUGAGCAAGGCCCAUGACCCAAGGCUGCCCCAGCAGGACCCUACCUGGAAUCUGAUGCUGAUUCCUGACACUUGGAAUGUUCCAGAUCCCAUCUCCACAUUUUUCUUCUCUCUCCUCCAGGGUAGACACCUCCUCCCGAGCUUUGGCCACUGCCCUUGUGUCCCCCCAGCUCUUGUCCCCACCUGGUCCCUCCCUGGAGCCAGAGUACUGGAGUUACCUUCAGCAGGUAGCCAGGAGACUGGGAAUGGACAGGGAGGGUGGGGGAGCCUUGUCAGAAGGAGAAGGGAGCAGGAAGUCGGCUUUAAACCAGAGGGGAGGGUCCAGGUAGUGGCAAGAGGGGCAGGAGUGGGUGACUGACUGGGAAGCAGGCAGGAGGAAGGCCAGUGAAGUAAAGAUGAGGUACAAGAAAGGCGACAGGCAGGGAGAGAGAGAGAGAGAGAGAGAGAGAGAGAGAGAGAGAGAGAGAGAGAGAGUGAGUGUGCUGGAAAGGCACAAGCAACGAUGGAAAAGUGAAGAACUAGAUGGGGUUUCCAUGGAUGGGCGGCAGAUGAAGAAGCCUGGGGGGUGGGAAAUGAAGGUAUAAUCCACAGUAAGCAAGAACAAAACGUAGAGAAGAAAGAAGGUAGUGGGGCGUGUGUGAAGAGGAAAAGCUAGGGGUUGAGGAGGGUGGCCAUGUGUGUGCUUGGAGAGCCUGUUUUCCUAAGGACACUUGCUGCCCAGGGGGUUCCUUGUGCUGUGGCAGACAGGCUAGAAUUGACUUCUUGGAGACCAAGGGGCUGCAAGUCUGCAGCAGCUCUGAUGCUUUGGAGAGAGCUGUGUGUGUGUGUAUGUGUGUGUGUGUGUGUAUAAGGGACCGAGCAAGCCAGGCUGUGGUAGAGGUGGGCUAAUCAAGAUGAUGGGGAGGAAGGACAUGGGUUCCUUCUGGGGAGUGGUCUACCAGUGUUCUCGCCACCUUCCAGCCAACCAGCUGCUGUCCAGCGGUGCAGUGUGGACUUUCAUGCUGGUGGGCUGAGGUCUACAGUCUGCAGGAGCCCCAGGGUAGUGCGGGGAACGAAGAGAGGGAGCAAUGGGAACCAAAAUGUGGUCUUGAAGGCUUAGAAGAGUUAGGGACAAAGAAAAUGGAUGUUUCGUCCAAGAACUCAGGUGAGGUUCCAACUGACCUCCUGGCAGUUGACAUGGGACAGUUAGGGCCGGGAGCUGGCGUUAGCCUUUGGCGAAGGAUAGGCUAUGGACAUCAACAUCUCUGUUUCUGAUCACCAACCAAGAGCUUCCUGACAUCGGGUCCCUGAAAAUCCUCGGCCAUUAGUGACUGGAUGGAGAGGCUAGUGUUUGGUGUUACCGGAUUUCUUUGCUCCUGACAGAAGGGGAGAGGGGAAAGCAGUUAUAGCUUCAGUGGGGUCCAGCCCCUGCACUGUUUAGACUAGUCCUUGGGGUUGAGAGAAGUAGAACCCUGCCCCCUAAGGACCAGAGCUAUGGAGGAAAGCUGUCCCAAGGGCCCGAGGCUGCGGGGAAGAUUAACAUCCUUCUGGGGCCUGUAAGAGCCAAGAUGGCAGCUUGUAGAUGGUGCUUGGAGGGGAAGCUUCUACAAGUUGAGUCCCUCUCCGGCACAGAGGGACUAGUCCUUCUCUUCUGGUAUGAACCGAAAAAGGAAAACCCUCUUGGAAGGGCUGGACUCCUUCUAGCACUAGAGGCUUCUGGGGCCCUUGUCUGGGGUGGGACAGGAGGCAUUCCUGAGACGUGAACAGGAGCCGCCAGCUGCCCCAGGACUCUGACUGGCAGUCCUCCAGAGACCUGUGCUGUGUGUUAGGGUAGUUUGGUGUUGUCUGUGCCCCACUAGUAAGUUCUGUCCCACUGUGUCUUUGAUGUUCACUGUCCAAUUUGGUAACAUUUCUUUUUGGUCCCACCCCCUUCUGCUGCUGCUGGAUUUGAGCUUCAGUGCAGGUGGAAUGGUGUUCAAAUAAAGACACAAUUUAUAUCACC